AUGACUGAUAGAAAUUUUUCUCCACAGGAGGGCCAGGUGCCUCGAGGUUCAAUUCCGGAAGGAUUCAACGCCAAUACGAUGAUUGCAAGAGGGGAUAUAAAUAUACCAAGACAACAACAACAGCAAAAGGAAGAGGAAAAUACGGGGCUGCCCGUUUCUGAGGAGGAAUUCCAGAUGGUACAGGAACUGCAGGCCAUCCAAGCAGGUCAUGACCAAAUAAAUCUACCGCCAAGCGGUCGAGGGCCUCUUGAGAGCAAUGACAACUGCGAUAGCGAUGGUGCAGAGGGCGAUGUAGACGACGAAGAUGAGGAGUACGACGUGUUUCGAAACGUUGGCCAAGGGCUGGUGGGCCACUACAGAGAGAUAAUGAUACGCUACUGGCAAGAAUUGAUUAACGAAAUCGAGUCCACCAACGAGCCUGGCUCCGAGCACCAAGACGACUUCAAAUCGCACUCGCUGCCCUUUGCAAGGAUUCGGAAAGUCAUGAAGACGGAUGAGGACGUUAAGAUGAUUAGUGCGGAGGCCCCUAUCAUCUUUGCCAAAGCGUGCGAGAUAUUCAUCACAGAAUUGACCAUGAGAGCUUGGUGCGUGGCAGAAAGAAAUAAAAGGCGUACUUUGCAAAAGGCAGACAUCGCAGAGGCGCUGCAAAAGAGUGAUAUGUUUGACUUUCUCAUCGAUGUGGUUCCUAGAAGACCACUACCUCAGUGA